GCAUUGUCAAGCACUAGAGGAGGUAGAAGUAGUAGAGCUGAAGAAGGUGAGCAUGCAAGUGGACGAGCUGGAGGGUCACCUUCAUCUUCUGGGAGCAGUAUAUUACUAGGUGGAGGAACAUCUUCUUCGUCCGAAGUAGAUUUGAUUCCGCCAGCAAUCGUUUUAUCGGAUAUGACAAGCUACUCUGACUUUGCGACACAGCCUCGAAGCCACAUCGUCACAAGAACAAAUGGUAACCACGACAUAACUUCGACGAGUCUGCAAUUACCUCCACCGAGCGCACCAGCGCCAGUCACUUUUCCUCUUACAACGCUAGUACCAGGGAGAAGCUACGGAGAAUCUAUAUCACUGCCAGGAGAUGAGCAGAGAGCUGCAAGUCGUUCUACGUCAGCUUCCGGAUCCAUCCAUCGAGGACGACAUAACGCUUCGAACCAGAACCCGCACCCGAGCGAGAAUGACCAGGAAAAAGCAGCUGGCUACCAACAGCAACAUGAUGGACAGCAGGUUCUUCGAUCGUUGAUCUACCAAUUGCUUCAUGGUUUAGCUGAGACCCAUGCUGUAGGAAUCACACAUCGUGACAUUAAGCUUGGCAAUUUGUUGGUACGAGAAGUGGACGCAAAAACGCUACAUCUUCGGAUUGCAGAUUUUGGAUCGGCCGUUUUUCAUAAUUUAGAAGUUCAUCA